AUUGAAAAUCCUCUGGAAAAUGACGACUCUCUACACUGCGACGACGGCUCCUUCGCACCACCGUUACGUAUCUCCUCCCCAACAUCCGAAACAGAACCUUCCACCUCAGCCGCUAAGCGUCUCCUUCACGGAGAAUCCUGCACCGGCGGCGGCGGUCGCAUUGCAGCAGCAGCAGAUGACGGAUUGGGUGGCUUCUCCGGUGACGCGACGGUUCGGUAUCGGUGCCGGAUUUGCCUGGGCGGGAUUUCUAGCUUUCGGAGCUGUCUCCGAGCAGAUGAAGUCACGACUCCAUGUGUUCCAGGAAGACAAUAGCACAAGAGUUUUAGUGAAGCAAGAAGAGAUCGUCUUACCAAAUGGCAUAAGGUACUAUGAUCUCCAAGUUGGAAGUGGAGCUACUCCAAGUCCAGGAUACUUGGUUAUAUUUGAUGUAAAGGGACAAGUACAUGGAACAGAACAAGUGUUUGUCGACACAUUUGGAAGCAAAGACAACAAGAAGAAGUCACUUGCAAUGGUAAUGGACUCAAGACCAUAUAGCAUGGGACUAUGCCAAGGGAUUGAGUAUAUUUUGAGGUCAAUGAAGGCUGGAGGUAAACGCAGAGUGAUCAUCCCACCAUCCUUAGGGUUUGGAGAUAAGAAUGUCGAAUUCGGACAGGGUUUGCAGAUCCCUCCAUCUGCUACACUUGAUUACACCAUCGAGGUUGAUACAGUCUAUUGUUUCCAAACCAUUGUAUGAGAGACUAUGAAGUGAACAAUGUGUAUUAAAGUUUCACAACAUCUUUUUCUGUGUGUGCAGAGAAUCUAAAAAAAAAAAUCAAAUAACGUUUUUCGUAUAUAUAUUUUCAUAUUUUAAAG